AUGGUGAUCAUUGGCGAUGGCCGGGAGCAGCGAAUUUCCACCGUGUCUAAUGUCCGGCUCGGACCACUGGGAGAUGGCCACCGCCCGGGCUGCUGGAUUCACGACGCGAGUGCCGCGAACCACGUUGCGGCGGCCGGCUAUGACGACCUGCGCGCGCCGUCUCUUCUCGCAAGCGAAAUCGUGAUCUACCCGGACCUGCCGAAGGACGGGCGAGGCGAAUAA